AUGAGCUCCUCCCUCGACCAACUGAAGUCCACUGGCACCGUCGUCGUCUGCGACUCCGGCGACUUCGCCACCAUCGACAAGUACAAGCCGCAAGACGCCACGACCAACCCCUCGCUCAUCCUGCUCGCGUCCAAGAAGCCCGAGUACAGCAAGCUCAUCGACAACGCGUGCUCCUACGGCAAGCAGCAUGGCAAGAACAUCGACGAGCAGGUCGACGCUACCCUCGACAACUUGCUUGUGCAGUUUGGCAGUGAGAUUUUGAAGAUUGUGCCCGGGAAGGUGAGCACGGAGGUGGAUGCCAGGUUUAGCUUUGAUGAGAAGGCGAGUAUUGAGAAGGCGUUGCAUAUUAUUGAUCUCUACAAAGAAAUGGGCAUCGACAAGUCCCGCGUCCUGAUCAAGCUCGCCUCGACCUGGGAGGGCAUCAAGGCCGCGCACACGCUCCAAUCCAAGCACGGCAUCAACUGCAACCUCACGCUCAUGUUCUCGCUGACGCAAGCCGUGGCGGCCGCCGAAGCCGGCGCCUUCCUCAUCUCCCCCUUCGUCGGCCGCAUCCUCGACUGGUACAAGGCCAACACGAAGAAGGACUACGCCAAGGAGGAGGACCCGGGCGUCAAGUCCGUACAGAGCAUCUUCAACUACUACAAGAAGUUCGGGUACAAGACGAUUGUCAUGGGCGCCAGCUUCCGCAACGUCGGCGAAAUCACCGAGUUGGCCGGGUGCGAUUACUUGACCAUUGCGCCGAAUCUCUUGGAGCAGCUGUACAAUUCGACCGAGGAGGUGCCGGCGAAGUUGAAGAGUGAGGGCGCGCAAAGCCUGGAUGUGGAGCGGAAGAGCUAUUUGAACGAUGAGGCGUUGUUCCGGUUUGACUUCAACGAGGACACGAUGGCGGUGCAUAAGUUGAGCGAGGGGAUUAGUAAGUUUGCUGCCGAUGCGGUGACGCUGAAGGGGAUUUUGCGGGAGAAGAUUGAGAAGGCUUGA